AAGCCAUUGAGGAGCUGAGGGAGAGAACGUUCCCGGAGUUUGUUUAUCACCGCCCGUUCCGGGUGGGGGGCGGGGUUAGUGUGACGUCAUGGAGCCGCUGAUUGCGUCACGGUGACGUCAUACCGCAGGAGGAGCGCGGGCACAGAACAUGGCAGAGUGGCCAAGGCUGCUGACCUUGGCCCGCCAAGGAAAGUUGAAUCUUUUGGAGGCUGCACUGAGGGAUGGAGCUGCCACCAACCUACGCUGUGACCGCUCUGGGGACACACUGCUGCACGUGGCUGCUCGCCACGGCCACCUUCACCUUCUGGUUCUGCUGCUGGACACACUGGGCAUGGACGUGGAGGCUGCCAAUGGGGACUACAAGAGACCCCUCCAUGAAGCAGCUUCCAUGGGGCACAGGGAGUGUGUCUCCUACCUCCUGGCCAAGGGAGCCAGCGUGGAUUGUCUGAAAAGGGCUGAUUGGACUCCCCUAAUGAUGGCUUGCACCAGGCAGAACCUGGAGGUGAUCAAAGAGCUCGUGGAGCACGGAGCCAACCCGCUGCUGAAGAACAAGGAUGGGUGGAACUGCUUCCAUAUUGCAAGCAGGGAGGGCCAUCUCCAGGUCCUCCAGUACCUGUUGGCUGUGUCCCCGAGCAGCUGGGACACAGAGAGCACCAUCAGGAGAACACCACUGCACACAGCAGCAAUGCACGGCUGUUUUGAUGCUGUGGAGCUGCUCCUGGAGCGGUGCCAGUACAAACCUGACAGCAGGGACAAUUGUGGAGUCACACCCUUUAUGGAUGCUAUCCAGAACGGGCAUGUCAACAUUGCUCGACUGCUCCUGGAAAAACACCAGGCUUGUCCCACAGCCGUGGAUGCUCUGGGUGCUCAGCCUCUGCAUCGGGCAGCAGUCACAGCACAGGAUGGAGCCAUCCAAUUCCUUGUCUCUGAGCUGCGUGUCGAUGUCAAUGGGAGAGCAACAGCUCUACAGCUGACAGCACUGCACUAUGCAGCCAAGUCUUGUUGGUUUGGACCCUGGUGGAUCAGAAGCUGGUUUCCACGCCAGCAGCUUGCUGAACAGAAAAAGCCUCAUGUGCUGUGAGACACUGUUUGACCCAGGAGGUCGGAUUCUGGCUUUCCUGUAGCCAGACAUGGGAAAAGAGAUGUAGAAUGGUGGAGGGAGCUCCCAGUGCUUAUCAGUGUCCUUCAUACAACAGUUGUUUGGAAUUCCAGUCAGAGUUGUUUGAGCUUUCUCCUCCUCUUGUCUCAUGCCUGUGAAGAGUAAGGCUGUGCAUCCUGCAACGCUCCCUGGGCAUGCAGAGCAGAUCCCCAAAGCCUCCCUGCUGACCAGGAUUCCCCUUGAGGGCCUGCUGUCUCACUUCUGCUUUAUGCUGCUGGCUGCCUGUGCUCCAAAGGAAACAUCCCUGCUCAGAGCCCAGCAUGUCAAACUUCACAAGCUCAGAGUCUUGUAAUGGGAAUGGAGCAGCAUCCCCAUGCAAAAGCAUCAAUGACACUCACUGAGAGUGCUGGCAACAGCAUUCUCCUCCAGCAGGACCCAGCCGUGGCAUUUGCUGGCUCCCACAAAGGAAGCUUUUCUCCCAUGCUCUAAGAAACCAUGUUGAAAGCCCUUUUGGUUGCCAAGGGUACGUUGAACAGCAAAGCCAUUGGGGAAAACAAUGUGCCUUGGAGAAGAUCCCAGCUCUGUCUUGGCGAGUGGCUGAUUGGGGAGCAAUUUGAUGGGCUUCUCAUCCUUCCCGAGGCUCAGUGUCACUUUAUAUUUACAGCAUCAUUUGUUUUGGUGUUUGGGUUUUUUUUUUUGUUGUUUGUUUGUUUUCUUUAUUAUUUUGCAUUUAUAAAUACAUGAAAAUCAAAUUAUGCUUUCAACUCAAUUUGCUGCUGAGGCUCUGGCAGCGAAAGCAGUUCCUGGCUUUGCUGUUCUUUGCCACUGAGGGGGCCUGUGCAUGCAGCAGGGCAGUGGGAAUGUGAUGCUACUGAGUUGUAUGAUAAUGGGGGAAAGAGUGGGUGGUAGGGAUAAAAAUAAGGGCCUUCCACUCUCAUGCCACAUUACAAAGGCUAAUUCAUUGCAGGGAAGAAGGAAAUACAAUUAUUUAGGGAGAGAGGAUUUAUUUCAGGCCAAGCUUGUGCAGGCAGGAGGGGUGUGAGGGCUGCAUUGCAUUUCCCCCUGCAGCAUUUACAUUUGGCUGCUGGCAGAGGCAUUGUAGAGAGCACCAUGGGUUGUGCUGGUGUUUGAGUGUGGUGUUGUCCAUCUCCCAGGGCAUUACAAAUGCUGGAGCAAUCCUUUAGGAAGUGUGGAUGUCUGAAGGUACUGCAGAUAGAAGCACAGCAGGGCACGUCAGCAGCAGGUUCUUCUCUCUGAGCCGAGAUGCACCUCAAGAAGAGCAGCUGUAGAUCAGCUGUAGAUCUCCAUAAUACUUGCAGUAAAUUUACAGCAUGGGACAACAGCAGUUCUAUGGUGACAUUGUCCUUUUAAUAAGCAGCCAGCUGUCCUUUAUUAAAGGUAAGUCAGGGAUCCUAGGGCUCUGUGGCUAGCAGGAGUUAAAAGCAUUUUAAUUGAGUUACUCGAUGGGAGGAGAGGAAAAGGCAGGAUCUGUUGACAAAUCAGUGCACUAAUUUGCUAUUAAGAAACGUCUUUAGGUCUUGUCACCCAGUGCUAAGUCAGAGGUCAUUUGUGCAUUAACUCCUUUGUAGCCAUCAGCAAAAGCAAAACUGCUCUGGGAGAUGGUCCUCCUCUGAGUCUUUAGCUGUAACACCACCACCAGAGGCAUCCCUGCACGGUAGCAUCAACUUAAAUACUUGCAUUGCUUUUAAUUUGAAAUUGUGAGGAAAAAAUUGCAGAUUAUGCUCCUGGGAUGCCUCUUGCUUGCUUCUCCUGGCCUCUGGGUCAAAAUUGCUGGCAAGGGCUUCGCAGGAAGGCUGAGCAAAGGCUGAGCUGAGAGUCCUAUAGCAGCAAUGUGGCCAUGCGUGUGGGCAGUCCCUGGCUAAUGGAAUGGAUCUGCACAGCUACGAGCAUACAACAAAGAUUUCCAGCUGCUCUAAGAUCCUCUGGAUCUUGUAACAGCUCCUGGUGGUGCCAGAUUUGACCGUGGCAGAUUCACUUUGCAUCUGUGCCUUUCGCAGGUACCUGGAGAUUGCCUAUGUGGCCUUUUUCU